AUGACUUGGCCCGAUGUCUCCGUCAAGCCCGCUGAGGGCAUCUCAUACUUCACCCCUGCCCAGAGCCCCCCAGCAGGCACUGCCCGUGAUCCUCAAACAAGCGGAAAGCCCAUUCCCAAGCUAUUUAAGCCUUUCACCGUCCGUGGAGUAACAUUCCAGAACCGAUUGGGUCUCGCACCCAUGUGCCAAUACAGUGCCGAAGAUGGCCACAUGACCGCCUGGCACCUCGCACACUACGGUGCUAUUGCCCAGCGCGGACCCGGAAAUAUGAUUAUUGAGGCAACCGGCGUUGUCCCUGAGGGCCGCAUUACCCCCGGCUGCGUGGGCCUCUGGAAGGACUCACAGAUCGCCCCGCUCAAGCAGGUCGUGGAGUUCGCCCACAGCCAGGGCCAGAAGAUCGGUAUCCAGCUUGCUCACGCUGGUCGCAAGGCUUCGACCGUUGCGCCUUGGCUUGGCGGUGUUGUCGCUAACAACAAUGUUGGUGGCUGGACUGAUAAUGUUAAGGGUCCUAGUGCGAUUCCCUUUGCUGAGGGCGAUCCCAUCCCUAUUGCCAUGACCGCGGACGAUAUCGAGGAGGUUAAGGCUGCCUGGGUUGCUGCUGUUAAGCGUGCUAUUGCUGCUGGCUGUGAUUUCAUCGAGAUCCACAAUGCUCACGGUUACCUUCUCUCGUCUUUCCUGAGCCCCUCGUCUAACCAGCGCACCGACAAGUAUGGUGGCAGCUUCGAGAACCGUAUUCGCCUUUCUCUGGAGAUCGCUCAGUUGACUCGUGACACUGUUGGUGACAAUGUCCCGGUAUUCCUCCGCGUGUCGGCGACCGACUGGGUGGAGAGCGAGAAGGGCUGGAAGCUGGAGGACACCGUUGAGUUUGCCCGCGCUCUUGCUGCGCAAGGUUGCAUCGAUCUCAUCGACAUCAGUUCUGGUGGUGUGCACUCGGCUCAGAAGGUGACUUCUGGUGCUGGGUUCCAGGUUCCUUUUGCUUCGGCUGUCAAGAAGGCUGUUGGUGAUAAAAUGCUGGUUGCUGCUGUUGGCAUGAUCAACAAUGGCAAACUGGCCGAUCAGAUCCUAAACGAGGAUGAUCUGGAUGUUAUUCUGGUUGGCCGUGCCUUCCAGCGUGACACUGGUCUCGCUUGGCAGUUUGCGAAGGACCUGGAUGUUGAGAUUGCCAUGGCUGGACAGAUUCGUUGGGGAUUUACCAGCUUCCGUAAUGCUUCGGAGUACAUUCAACCUAACUCCAUGAAGGCUUGCAUUUUUGAUUAG